CGUUCCAAUUUUUCAUAUAGCAACAAUUGCGGCCUGCAGCAAUUACGCACGGUUUGGUUUAAUUGGUGUUAUACUGAACUAAAGUUAUACUGUAACCGAUCAUUUGUAUAUUGUGCCGCCUGACAGUAUGCAAUUUGCACAACAUCGACUGGAGCAAUACGAUAGCACGAAGCACGUUAGCAACACAGAUAGUAGCAAUUAAACGUAUAACUGCUAAAAUGUAUUCGUCAAAGAUCAAGUAUCCUUUGAUUUAGACUCCGACUAGGCUGCAAAUUUAUAUCGUUUCAUUCUAUUUUGUACCUUUGUCUGUUCAAAAUGGCUGCAAAUGUGGGAGCCAAAAUUUUUCGUGACUUUUUUCGGGACAGCCCCUGCCGAAUGGCAUAUCUUUUGAAACCCGGGGAAUUGUCUGCACCGAGGCCAUUGUCUUCCAAAAUUGUUGUGCGGCCAAAAACUGCUCCAAAUCUACUGUUAAGUGGUAGCCCAGCGUCCCCUGUACCGCAGGAUUUGGUGCGUCCCGUUACACGGUUUGAUCGGUUCGUAGAGCCGGUUGUGCCUAACACGGUUCCCUCUCUAGCGAAGCAGUCUCCAUUGUCACAAGGUUCGAAAAGUAAUAAAAAGAAAUCUAUUACGGAUUCGAAGCCGGGUCGCAAGGAUACUUCAAAGAAGCAUCGCACUAACAGUUCCAGCGUUGGUGAAGCUAAAAAAUUGAACACAGUUACGAAACGUGACCCAGCACCACGAAAACCGGGUUGCAAGGUGUGCCUUCCGAACGAUCCCACCGGGUUUCUACUCAACGAAAUUGAUCACAUUCGUGAUCGCAUACUGGAUCGUCCGGACAGCAUCAGUUGUCGCCAGGCGAUCGCACUGGUUCAGGACAUACGCAACAGGGUCGACGCUAUUGUUCUGCCCGGGGGAAGCAUUGGCGAACGCGAGCCACGCGUAAAGUUCAUCGGUGGUCGUGUGGAGAGUUUCGCAAAGAUACCAGACUUGAAGCGAAAAUCAAUGACAAACACAGUUGAUAAUAGCAUUAAUAGGGCGAAAAAUGUGCUGAACAAAAAGGUCAUAUCAUCACCAUUGGGUGGUUGGAUGAGACUUGAAGAGCAGCGAAAAGAUUUCGAGAAUCAACGAUAAAAGUUAGUUACUUACCAUGGUGCACUAACACCUAACUGUGAUCACAUGCCCUGAUACUGUAUAAUCUCACUUACAUGCCGUGACGCUGUAUAAUCUCUUAAGUUAUUCGUUUAUUAGCAAAAAUAUCGUACUCUGUAGCAGAAGCAAACAUUAAAACAGGUAUGAUUUCAAUCAAUUGUGUGCCUAAGAUUUGGUUUAGUAUCUCGUGCAGUUAAAUUUUUCAUCAUACUAGACAUCAACAAAAAUCAUUCAUAGAUUACAUGGGGGCAAGUUACAAACAAAUCUAUCUGCCGAACGUUCACCUCACAACUAUUACGGUUGCAUCACUGAUAAGGAUCUGGAGAGAGUAUUUAAAGAGACUCCAUCGGGUACAGAAUGUUACAGUUCAUCGUUACGGCUGGCGGUUUGCGCUAUACGGCAAUCAAAAUGGCAUUCGUCGGAUCGUUUGUCAUUAUUGGCCUGUUUUGCCUGCAAGGUAGUCUAGCAGUAGGCAGUGCCGAAAACAAUCUCGGGUUGAAAUUGUUCGUGAAAACUGGUGUAGAAAAUGCGCAUCCUCAAAACUACUACCAGAAUUAUGCGCAAUAUCGUCCACAUUUUGCCGACUUUAAUACCGCUCCGGAAUAUUUCCGCACCGGAUACGGCAAUGUGGUUACGUCUCAGGCUACGUUUGUGGAUGCAAUCAACAACCGAUCCACUACCUGGAAGGCGGGAGUCAACCCGAAACGUAACGACGAGUACCGUGCCGGAGUAUUGUCUGAAGAGUCGAUGAAAUUCCAGCUACCUCAAGGUAUCGUGCUGAAGAUGGACGAACAACCGAUGCCGACGUCUUUUGACGCCCGCCAGAAGUGGUCCUAUUGCCCGAGCAUGACCGUGGUACGCAAUCAGGGAUGCUGCGACUCGAGUUACGCCGUAGCUGCAGUUUCUACGAUGACCGAUCGUUGGUGCGUCCACUCCGAAGGAAAGGCUCAGUUCAACUUUGGAGCGUACGAUGUCGUCUCCUGUUGCCAUCGGUGUGGAUUCGGUUGUGACGGAGGUGUACCAAAUGCUGUGUGGCAUUACUGGGUGGAAAAUGGCAUAACCAGUGGUGGAGCAUUUGGAUCCCACGACGGAUGUCAAUCAUAUCCAUUCGAUGUCUGUAAGAAGGCAGGAGAUGCUAGCGAUGCUCCUCGUUGUCUACGCGUUUGUCAGCCUGGAUACAACGUUACCUAUGGGGAAGAUAAGCAUUACGGACGCGUGGCUUACACUAUUCCCAAGGACGAAGAACGUAUCAUGUACGAAGUGUUCAACUUUGGACCGGCUCAGGCCACUUUCACCCUGCACACGGACUUUGUGCAAUACAAGAGUGGCGUCUAUCGCCAUGCGUUCGGCGUGCGCGUUGGAAUGCAUUCAGUAAAGGUGAUGGGCUGGGGAGAAGAAAACAACGUAAAGUUCUGGCUGUGCGCUAACUCGUGGGGUGCUCAGUGGGGUGACGGUGGUUUCUUCAAAAUAGUUCGAGGAGAAGACCAUUUGGGCUUUGAAUCGAAUGUCGUCGCAGGAUUACCUCUGUUCCGCUAGUGUGCUACAAUGGUUAUAACAUGGAAGAGGAAAUACAUUCUUAGCAAAUGAAAUGAAUAACUGUUUGUGAGAUUGUUUACUACAACGACACAAGCUAAUAGCAGAAAUCGAAA